AUGGAUGAAAGAAGGGCAGACGAGGGCACAGUGGACGAUGUCAAUAUUUGUAUAUUUGACUACAUGCUGUGCGCAGCUAUACAUACAGCCAUAAAUGCGAUAGGGGGCAACGCCAGCGGGUGGGACGUGACCUGGGUAGAGGACACGACACAGAUGCUCAAGUCUAUCCUCCAGCCAGGUCCAAUGCUGCCAGUGACGAUUGACAUAAAGGCCCAGGUUCUGGAAAUCAUCAAAACGUUCAACACGGCAGUUCGGGUAGAGCCGAAUAUACUGGUGGAAAUGGCCAGCACGUUCGUGUCCACCUGCAAUGCGUCGGGCUUGGAAGUGAUAAAGCGGCGUGCGGCCGAAAUCGCAAUUCAGCUCUGCAUACAAGCCGUUUUUCGAGUGUACCAGGAUUCCAAUAACGAUGGCCCUGAAGGGUUCAUGGAAUUUUACACAAGUUUUGCAGACGAGGAAGGAGUAUCUAAGAUCCCGGAGUACAUCGUUCAGAUAUUACCGUCAAUAGGGGCUUCAACAGAUACUCUGCUUAAAAUAGCCUGCCAAAUGAAGCGCACAAACGAGGGCGGACCGACAACCCUGCUUCAUGGCCUGAUCGAUAUUAUGCGGAUGCUGGAGCCUCCGAUACUCCUACAACUCGAAAGAGGGAAGCUGGAGGGCCUAAGCCGCGUUGAAACACAGCAACUGAAGCAAAAAAUAGGCUUGGACUGA